GAGCUGCUGAUGCCAAUGAUGAGUCAGAGUGUUUGGUGCUGAUGUUGCUGCCAUUUCAUCAGCUCUGGGAGCCCAGCAUCCUCUGUGCGGCGUCUCUUCUCCAUCUUCCCACGGCCGGAGUGUGCUGCUCGUCGUACUCAGGGCCAUCGCAGCCUCUCGCAGCGACUGGUCGCAAUUACCGGGGGCGCAGCCGCUGAUCGGCCGUGUUGCUGCUGGAGAAAGAGCUUGCGGGCCUGCGCUGGAUCCGGCCGCGGUUGGGCAUUCGGUUCAUGGGAAUAACUGCGAGUGAUGGGCCUUAAUGUGUCUGGCUGCCGGGCUAAGGCGAGCUGGAAGGCUAAUAGAAUUGGGUGAUUGAUCUGCUCUGGGAGACUGCUGCCCUUUCCCUCCUGCUUUGUACUGCAAUGUGCACAGCACCCAGCCCAGGGCCGCUUCUACCCCACUAGGCUGCUUGGCAUCUGCUUAGAUUCGGUAGCCUCGCAUAGACUGUUCGGCUGUACUGCUGGAAGAUGGAGGCAGCCUAAAGUUACCAUUUAGCAGCCUGUCAAUGAUGGAAGAGUGAGGAAUCCACGGUGCCAUUCUCCCUUUGUGCUAAAGGAGCUUUUCAUCUUUUAAGAAUAUGGGCAGUUUGAGGACAAGCUGUGUAUAGUUCAACCCCCACACAGCCUGGGGCCUGUUUACCCUCUCUCUAGAACUUACAUAGCUGUCUAUUAGCAUCAUUACACCUAUCAUGCUGCCAGAGGGCAGGAAGAAAUCUUCAUUAGGACUCCAUAACCACUGACUGUAAUUAACUCUGAAGUAACAAAAAAUAGUCAUUGUGGAGCCUUAUUUGUUAGAAUAUAGACUUUUAAAGAGCUUUAAACAUUUCUGUUGUACUCCUGGUCUAACACAAGGGCAAAUUCUAAAGGCCACUGGAUAAAAUAGCAUUGCUAAUUGUAAGAGUAAAGAGCUUUACUGCAAAGGCCAUAGUGUUUGCCCCCUAACCACAUAAUUACAUGCGUUAGCCCAAGAUCUUUGUUUAUACAGCAUAUAAAUGGUGUAGUCUCUUCCUUUUGGAAGCCUUGGUUGUGGUCCUUGAGGAGCAGUGGAUACCCAGAGGUCUCCUUGCCUCCUGAAAGCAACCAGGACAUCUCUGCUAUAAGCUCCUAUACAUUGCCAGGAAGUUUGGCUUAGAGGGUCUAGAACUGUGGAAAUAUAGAACAAUGGAAGCAAUUUGGCUAUACCAGUUUCGUCUCAUUGUCAUUGGAGACUCAACUGUGGGUAAAUCGUGCCUCAUUCGAAGGUUCACAGAAGGCCGCUUCGCUCAAGUCUCUGACCCAACUGUAGGAGUGGAUUUCUUCUCAAGGCUGGUCGAGAUUGAACCAGGCAAGCGGAUCAAGCUACAGAUCUGGGAUACAGCUGGUCAGGAGAGAUUCAGGUCUAUCACACGUGCCUACUACAGAAACUCUGUUGGAGGGCUCCUGCUGUUUGAUAUCACCAAUCGCCGCUCCUUCCAAAACGUCCAUGAGUGGUUAGAGGAAGCCAAGGCACAUGUGCAGCCUUACCAGAUAGUCUUUGUGUUAGUUGGUCACAAGUGUGACCUUGACACGCAACGCCAAGUGACAAGACACGAGGCCGAGAAACUGGCAUCUUCUUUCGGCAUGAGAUACAUUGAAACCUCAGCACGUGAUGCCAUCAAUGUAGAAAAAGCUUUCACUGAGCUGACUCGUGAUAUAUAUGAGCUGGUUAGGAAGGGAGAGAUAAAUAUUCAAGAAGGUUGGGAAGGAGUAAAAAGUGGGUUUGUCCCAAAUGUAGUGCAUUCUUCAGAGGAGGUAAUUAAAUCAGACAGGCGGUGCCUAUGCUAAUUAGUUCAAGUAAUAUCCAGACCGCUUUAUAAACUCUACUAACAUAACAUUCACUCGUAACAGUUCUGUGUGGUGAAAGGUAGCAUAAAACCCCUAUGGAAACCACAACCAAAAUUUAACAGAGAGAUUGGACUCCAGCAAAAUCAAAUUCUGUAGUUUGACAGCACAGUGAUAAAAUGUUUCCAAUAUUGCAAGUUCUUUCAUCUUUGGCAUAGGCCAAGUGUGCAUGUCUAUGUUUCAGGAGUGGAAAAUCACAAAAUAUAAGCUACAAAAGGGUUUUAAAUACAUCCUUCUCCAUUUGGUCCUUUGGUGUAGUUUCAUGUUGGUAGAUAUAUGCAGUCAGUUAAUUCCACAGUGUAACGGUUAUAAUAAAUAGAUAUAAAAGAAGCAACCCUUUUGUAUAACGUACUUUAACAUAACGAACAUUUCGUUCUAGCUUCUAUUUCUAAUAACGACCAUGAUCCACAUGGACAAUAAGCCCUUACAUGGGAUGCACACUAUUGGAGGCUGCACUGUAGGCAUAGCAAAAAAUAAAGACUUGCUGGGCAAAUAGAAGUCAAUCUUGAGGACUUCUCACCAAAUAUGACCAUUCCUGGCCCUUUGUACUAUGGACCAGGUUAUAUUUAAGGCUUUUUCAUUUUUUUACAUGCUACUGAUUUAAGGGUAUGACUAAUCAGUCUCAGUUUGAUGAUAUUUUGCACUUGUCUAGGGGAAAUCAGUUAAAAAUAAUCAGCAAUAGAUUAAUGGAUCUAGCCAAGUGGUGGUAGGGGGCAUUGGACUUUUCAGCCUAUAUUUAUUUUAUAUCCAUCUUCCCUUCUCUGCAUAGUAUACCAUGUUGCCUUGGUAGCAGUUGUUUAUUAAUGUUAAUUCCUGCAACGUUAUAGCAGUUACAAUAGGUAAGUGGGGGGGAGGGUACUAAUUCACAUUUUAUACAAAGGAGAAAGGCAUACUUCGAUCAGUUGUUUUUGAAUAGAGCUGUUUUACCAUAUGAUAUUAAAUGGGAACAAACUGAUGGCAGCCAUGCUGGGUAACUUUUGCUGUUGCAGUAAAACUACCUAUUGCCCUAACUACUGUCAACAAUGUAAUAAAAACAGGCACAUAAAAAAAAAAGCAGUGCCGACUUCCGUGCUGCUUAUAUACAGUAUGAAAAUUGGUAAUAUAAUCUAAAAAGAUAGAAAAAAAAUAGGCAGUCUAAAGCAGGAAUUUGUUCAGAUAUCCAUGCAUACAUUGUUCCGCUAUUACAGAAAUAUUGCUCCUCGGCUCAUUGCUUCUGGAGGGGUACAAACGGAGUAUGAUGGGUUAUAAAAAUGUGAUUAAAAACAAAUAUAUUAAAAUGUGAAGGACUUAUUCCUAUUUAUUGCUGAGAUCACAAUUGAGCUUAAGUUUAUACUACUUACAUAGUCUGUCGGACAGGUUUCAGGUUGGCAUGGAGCCUAAGGGGUAACUAGCAAUUUAGGGAACAUGCCACUUUGAGCUCUACUGUACACGGCAGAUUGCGUCUCUUUGCCAGGCUGGCAUUCGGGAAUGCUUAAUUUAUCUUUUUAACUUCUAUGUAUGUUCUAGUAAUAACACAUCUUUCACAGUAACAUUUAUGUUAUACAUUGGUCUGUAAGCAUUAAAAGUGAACAAAUUA